AUGUGUUAUUUCCAUAUAAUAACUCAAGCCUACCAGACAAAAAGUACCCAAAACAUAUCCUCUUUCCCAAACUCCUAUCCAUCUGAAGUCGGCAGCGGUUUCAACGUUAUCGAUAGUUGUUGGAGAAAAGACAGCAAGUGGGCCUCCAAUCGCCAAAAAUUAGCUGAUUGUGGCAAAGGAUAUGGAGCUGAUGCCCGAGGAGGCAAAAAUGGUGCCAUAUAUGUUGUCACUGACCCUUCUGACCACCCGAUCCAUCCCAAAAAGGGGACACUCAGAUAUGGUGCAAUUCAAAAAAGACCUCUUUGGAUCAUCUUUAAACGGGACAUGAGCAUAACCUUGGAAGGUGGUGAACUUUUUAUUAGUAGUUACAAGACUAUCGAUGGAAGGGGUGCCAGGGUUGAGAUUGCAAACGGACCUUGCCUCAGACUCGAUAACGUGAGCCAUGUUAUUAUCCAUGGGAUCACUAUUCAUAAUUGUUUGCGUGGGAGACUUGACUUGGUUCGUCGUGAUCCCGAUCAUCUUGUUAAUACAAGUACCAUUGGGCAAUCUGAUGGAGAUGGCAUUCGAGUGACUUCAUCUAGCAAAAUCUGGAUUGAUCAUUGCUACCUUUCAAAAUGUGGAGAUGGUCUUCUUGACAUAACUCAAGGAUCAGCUGCCGUCACCGUAUCCAACAACUAUUUCACACAGCAUAACAAGGUGAUGCUGUUAGGGCAUUCAAAUAUGUAUCCUAAGGACAAAAAGAUGCAUGUUACCGUGGUAUUCAACCAUUUUGCUUCUGGACUAGGCCAAAGAAUGCCAAGGGUUAGGUAUGGAUAUGCUCAUGUAGCAAAUAAUAAGUACGAUGAAUGGGGGUUUUAUGCUAUCGGUGGGAGCUCGCAUCCAACAAUACUGAGCGAAGGCAACCACUACACUGCACAAAAUGAUCCUCGUACUAAAGAGGUUACUAAGAGAAUAUCACAUGAUCGGAGGUGGAAGAAGUGGUCAUGGAAAUCCAAGAAUGAUUUAUUUUUUAACGGGGCAUAUUUUGUUUCAUCUGGGAAAUUUUGGAGACCUGAUUAUUCUAGAUCUCAAGCAUUUAAGGUGGCUUCGGCAAAAGGAGUUCCUACUAGUUUGACUCGUGAUGCUGGCCCUCUCCGCUGUGUUGAAAAUCUUCCAUCUGGCCUGACCUCCACAAAGGCUUCACGAGCUCCUCUGUUCGGGCCUCUCUUCACCAUUUUCAUCUACCAACAGACGGGAAAGACAGCAGCAAUCAAGCGAAGCCUGCGGCGACGUCCGGCAAACAACCAGAUUGACUGCGUUUUGAAUCUAUCGGACGCAUUUCACCCUGCCGCGGUCGACACUUCCAACACCCAAGCGGAAUUGGGUGCUCCGAGGCCAUUCCACUUUCUCCCUAUCUACAGCGGCAGCUGCUGCCAUUACGGUUGUUGUGAGGCAGUUCUCUCUUCGGUUAUGACCGCUGAGAAGAGGAAGAAGCCUUCUUGUGAUUCCGCACCUGUUAGCUGUACGUCCCAUUGCUCUACCUGUUCGUCAACUGCAUCCAACAACUACAUCAAGUGCCUUGAGGUCUACUUUGAGGCAAGUGCCUUGGUUGAGUUCCUUCUGCACCUGUUUUUGCUUUCACUAUUGAUUGUCCAGAUCUGUUUCCAAACCACUUUAAUUCAAUUUAUGUUAUAUCAGUCCACUGCUAACUGUUUUUCCCCAUCAAACUUAGCAAAUGGCUUCUAG